AGUUUGUGCUGAAACGCGCUGAGCAACAGUUCCAGUUUCAGUAUUCGAUUUUGGUGAAAUCAAUGCGUAGAAAGUGAAUUUCAGUUGCAUUGACUUGACAUUACGCAAAAACCAAGGAGAAGAAAGUGAAAAGCACGAGAGAUUGCGUUUUCCAACUAGACAUAUUGAGGAGAUAUUGCCAAAAACGACUUUUUGGUUGCGGUUCGUUGCGGCCGCCGAUGCGUCUAUUAAUCCAAACAGCAACGGCAACGGGUGGCGCGGCUGCAGCUGCUCUACAGUCCCACUCGCAGUCCCAAUACAGUUACAGUAGCAUGCGUGAGGACGACAUCGAGUUGGCCAUUAAGGUGGUCAUUGUGGGAAACGGAGGCGUUGGCAAGUCCUCAAUGAUCCAGCGCUACUGCAAAGGCAUUUUCACGAAGGACUACAAGAAGACCAUAGGCGUUGAUUUUCUGGAACGACAAAUCGAGAUCGAUGGCGAGGAUGUGCGCAUAAUGCUAUGGGAUACGGCGGGUCAGGAGGAAUUCGACUGCAUUACGAAGGCAUAUUAUCGGGGAGCACAGGCCUCAGUGCUGGUUUUUUCAACGACAGAUCGGGCAUCGUUCGAUGCCAUCAAGGAAUGGAAGCGCAAAGUGGAGAACGAGUGCAAUGAGAUACCCACAGUGAUAGUGCAGAACAAGAUCGAUCUGAUCGAACAAGCGGUGGUCAGUGCGGAUGAAGUGGAAACGCUGGCCAAAAUGCUCAACUGUCGCCUAAUACGCACCUCUGUCAAGGAGGAUAUCAAUGUGGCGUCGGUGUUUCGCUAUUUGGCCACCAAAUGUCAUCAGCUGAUGACGCAGAGCUACGAUCAGGCCACUGGUGGCAACAACAGUCAGCAGCAUGCAACGCAUCCGCCCUACAGCAGCACGCCCACAAUCAGCGCCUUUAGUCCGACCUUUACCAAGUCCAGCAGCGGCACCAUUGUCCUUCGUCCCGCCAAAAAGGGCAGCGGUUCAAGUGCGGCGCGAAAGCGCAAAAUUGUACUAAAAAAGUGUGGAAUAUUGUGAGGUAGAAAAACCAGAGGGAAACUUAAGAGGUGUCUACAGCUGUUGGCAAUUAAUAACUGGAGCAUAUUUAACGCUUAAUUAUUUUAGAGCCCAAAUCAAGUUGUAGCCAUGUAACCAGCCAAGCGUAGGAUGCAACUACAGUUUGAGCCACAACCACAGCCACAGCCACAGUCAAGAGCCAUUCACUAGUCGUGCACAGACUCCGCAAUGUUCGCAGUUAUCGCAUGAUAUGUGGAGAGGAUUAUGGGGAUAGUGUAGGGGUUGUUAGAGGGGGAAGGAGCUACAGAUAUGCACAAACUCAUUAGUAAAGCGGAUAGCGAAAAAAAAACAAUUUAAUUCAGCAAAACCGAACUGGCAAUACACUAACAGCCACAACAUCAAUUUUAACUCAAGUUUACUUAGUCGCAAAUGUGACUAAAUAAGUAAAUAAUUAGUACUGCAAUAACGAUUGGACAGGGCCUAUUUAAUUUAUUUAACUAUUUUCCUUAACUGGUAUGUACAUAAAGAUAAUCAACUGCUAAUAAGGACAGACCGAUAAAACUUAAAUUGAAAAGAACAUUCACUGCUGCCCAAUUGUACUACUAAAUUUAAUGAUUUAUUUUUUUCAAUAAACAAUAUAUGUAGAUUGUGUUACCAAACUGAACGAGACAGUCUUAAGAUCCAUAUGUAAGUGUAUAUGCAAUCAAUAGAACAAAUGCAGUUGCAUUCAUUAUAUUUUUGAGCCUAAUUAGUUAUAGAUAAGCAUAUGAGUAAAUAUAAUCGACUUUUCUAUAACGGAGACUGAUGCGGCAAUUGCAUUCGAUAUAUGUAAUUAUGUAUGUAUUUAAUAUUAUGCUUGUACUUACCUUUUAUCAUAUAUAUUUAGGUAAAGCUUUUUUGAUGGCACGCUAGCCACGCCCCUUCAUCAGACGUGUUUGUGGGCGGGCAGGUGUUUCGUGUGAAAAGCAUUGCCAAUAAGCCUUGGCAAAUGUGCAAUUUAUUUUUCAACUCAUAUAAUUAUUAGCUUAUUAAGAGGUAUCUCAUAUCGCAAUCGUGUCGGAUAGUGUAGGUAGUGUUGUGGUCUAGUGUAAUUUGCGAUUUGUCAGACCACGUCUUUGUCGUACUAUGAGAACAAACUUGUGAGCCCAAAAUAUGCAAAUAUUACUUAAUUAUCUACCUAUAAAUAACUAUAUAAUUAUUAUACUAUA